UCUGACUCGGAGAACGAGAAUGACGCGGCCAAGGGCAAGGAGGAGAUGAACAAGUGCGAGAAGGAGCUGAACGGGGAGAUCCCCGGGCUCCUCGGCACGUCGUGCCAGCUGCUGGCGGUGCUCAAAGGACUCCAGGGCAAGAACUACGCGUGGUUCGGCCCGUUCUCGCAGGAGGCCAACGCCGCGGUGAGCGGCCUGGAGACGACCAAGCAGCAGCUGACGGAGCAGAUCCAGGGG